AUGGAGCAGUACGAGGUGUUGGAGCAGAUUGGCAAGGGUUCAUUCGGCUCGGCGCUCCUGGUGCGGCACAAGGUUGAGAGGAAAAGGUAUGUCUUGAAGAAGAUCCGCCUUGCACGCCAGACCAACCGGUGCCGUCGAUCAGCACACCAGGAGAUGGAGCUCAUUGCAAAAGUAAGGAAUCCUUACAUUGUGGAAUACAAAGAGGCUUGGGUAGAGAAGGGCUGCUACGUGUGUAUUGUCAUUGGUUACUGCGAGGGAGGGGACAUGUCAGAGGCCAUAAAAAAGGCUAACAGUAACCAUUUCUCAGAAGAGAAACUUUGUAUGUGGCUUGUGCAGCUCCUGAUGGCACUUGAUUACUUGCAUGCCAAUCAUAUCCUUCAUCGUGAUGUCAAGUGCUCAAAUAUAUUUCUCACAAAGGAUCAAAGCAUAAGGCUUGGUGAUUUUGGUCUUGCUAAAGUCUUAACUUCUGACGAUUUAGCUUGUUCAGUUGUGGGAACUCCAAGUUACAUGUGCCCUGAACUUCUUGCUGACAUUCCAUAUGGUUCCAAGUCUGACAUAUGGUCCCUUGGCUGCUGCAUCUAUGAGAUGGCUGCUUUCAAACCUGCAUUCAAAGCAUUUGAUAUGCAAGCAUUGAUAAAUAAGAUUAACAAGUCUGCUGUACCUCCUCUACCAAUGAUGUACUCUGGUGCAUUUAGGGGACUCGUCAAAAGCAUGCUGCGCAAAAGUCCAGAUCAUAGACCAAGUGCUGCAGAACUGCUUAAGCAUCCACACCUUCAGCCCUACGUGUUCGAACUCCAAUUGAAAUCGACUCCUCGCAAUUUGUUCUCUGCUAAGCUUCCUACCAAAUACGUCACAAAUAAGGCUGCACUUUAUGAUGCCGAAGACAAUUGUCCACCCAAAUACAGCAAGAACCAUUCAUUUAAAUUGGAGAGGGCUGUAAAACUUGACCAAGACACUUCUAGGCAUGGUCGUCCUGGUUCUACAACUGGGAAAGACUGUCCAGAACUAAGUGAACAAAUGGAGGGAUUGUCAGUCCAUGUCACCAAGAAUGUUACUGAUGAACUGAUACAUGAGAAGUAUUCAAAAGUUACAAGAUCUCCUGCACCUACUCCGAGAAGAGCUUCAUCGACACCAAGAAGACGACUAGAACCUUCAAAGACAUUUCAUGCUAGAACAGCUCACAAGGAGCAGCCUCCAUCGUCAAGGUCUUCAGCAAAUGAAACGGGUCAAGCCACACGGAGAGAGUCACUCCCCAUGCGUAUGAUCAAAACUCCUGAUAAGAGGCAGGCCACCGACAUUCUCACCAGAUUGAAAUCUCCUGACGUUUCAGUAAACUCUCCUCGAAUCGACAGAAUUGCUGAAUUCCCACUGGCAUCCUUUGAAACCCCAUUGCAUCGCAUCACAAAGCUCACAACGCCAUCUGUCAUUGAUCAAUCCAUUACCAAGGACAAGUGCACUUUCCAAGUGCUCCGAAGCAAUAGCGAAAACUACACUGACUCCCCUGACAUCGACCUUCUUGGUGCUGACAAUUCAUCUAGGAGUUCAUCUGAUUGGAGGCAGAGAAGGUUCGACACGAGGUCUUACCAGCAGAGAGCUGAGGCUCUGGAGGGAUUGCUUGAGUUCAGUGCCCAAUUGUUACAGCAGGAGAGGUUUGAGGAGUUGGGGAUCUUGCUGAAGCCAUUCGGACCCGGUAAGGCAUCUCCAAGAGAGACAGCUAUUUGGUUGUCAAGGAGUUUGAAAGAAACUGGACUAUAA